GAUCAAAUUUGGAUCGCUGUGGAUUCAGAGGCUCUUCAUAUUUGGGGAUGCCAUUCAGUCCCUCCAAGGGUCCAGGUUUGUCUCACCCCUAUGAUAGCGGGCAUAUAGCAAUGACUUACACAGGUCUGUCAUGUCUGGUUAUUCUUGGAGAUGAUUUAAGUAGAGUAAAUAAAGAUGCCAUACUGGCAGGACUGAGAGCUCUCCAGCUGGAGGAUGGAAGUUUCUGUGCAGUGCUGGAAGGAAGUGAGAAUGAUAUGAGGUUUGUGUACUGUGCUUCCUGCAUCUGCUACAUGCUUGAUAACUGGUCAGGCAUGGAUAUGAAAAAAGCGAUAGACUACAUUAGAAGAAGUAUG